UUGGGGCCGCACCUGCGGUCACACUUUGGGGCAGAAUUUUUACUCAUUUGCAUUGGCCCUUGGAAAACCACAACAAAAGUUAAGGAUCGACAACCAAAUGAGCUCCCUGUUCCGCAGCCUGAACCACUUUUCAUCCAAGCGUGAAAGUGUCGUGAAGGAGGCGCUCAUCAAUACACUGAACGAAAAUGCCCGCGAGAUCGAGUUCGAGGUGAAGCAGAAGAGUUUGGAGGUCCUGGGUCUGUGCGAGCAGACCAGUGCCCUGUGCUCCACUCUGGAGGCCCUGUUCCUGCACGGCCUGAAGGACUCCUUCCUGUCCGCCACCUUCAAUGUCAUCGCUGGCGACGUGGAGCGCAGGCCCGACCCCAGCUUCUGGUCGCCCUGCAUGGUGUUCAUGCACAAGCAGGUGAUCGAGCAGGUGCAGGGCCUCAGCCAUACCUCCGAGAUCGGCCAGUGCCGGGCCUGGGUGCGCCAGUCCCUCAACGAGUCCGUCUUCUCCUCCUACCUGAACAACAUGCGCAAGAACGGGUCCGCGUUGUCGCAGUACUACAAGCGGAACGCCCUGGUCAGGGACUCCGACGGCCUGGAGACGGCCGCUAAGAUCAUGGAGAGCCUGGAGGCCUACGUGCAGUUCGACCUGCCCGUCAACUCCAGUCUGCUGAACAACUGGCCCGACUUCUCGCUGCAACUAUCGGAUCUCUGGACGCCCGCACUUAAAUCCUGUCCGAUAAGCAGCGGCGUUGACGUGGCCAGUUCACUGGGUUCCGAUAUCAUAGCCAUACCCACGCCCCAGCCCCUGCAGACCAACGAGCUGUUCACGGACUCCAUCUCCAACAGCCCCUUCAGCCGGAGCGGCAACUUCGGCGUGCCCGAUCUCAGCCAGCGCGAGAACCUUGAUCUGCUAAUACAGAAGUUUGACGAGAUGGAUGUGAUAAGCGAGGAGCAGACACCCGACGAAGCAGCGGGAGCGAGUCAAGCUGCAGAUCCGGAAGUUCCAUCGGGUAGUAGGCUGAGGACCCGCGAAAAGUCCAAGCGUCAAAUGGAUCACUCCUCCCAGGGCAGCAACUCGCUGUCUAAUCUGAUGCAGACCUCGUGGUCUGGCGACCUGGACACAGCACACACACCCACCUCGCCCACCGAUGAUCUCUCGGGAUCGAGGUUCUUCCAGCGAUCUGUGAGCGUGAGUAGCGCCGUCAGUCUGCGUUCCCCCAACACGGACAGGUGCAGCUACAAUGCCCUGCUCCGGAAGCAUGAGAGCAACCGGGAGAGUGGAGCCGGAUGGUCUGAGAUCUGGGAGAAGUUCCGGGCCAGUGCUUCGAACCCGAAUGUGGCCCAACCGCAGCGUGAGAGCGAUCCGCCCGUUUCGGAAGACUUGAGUGAUCUGCAGUCACUGGAUACCAACUCAGAGUUCGAGCUGCUCACCUCCGAGUUUGACCUGGUGGAACUGCAGCAAAUGGUGGCCCAAUUGUGCCAGCUACCACGCGAACCGGGUCUGGAUGCCCAGGGGUUCCUGUGCAAGAGCUGUCAGCACCCACUGGGCAUAGGUUACUCCAACUUUCAAGUUUGCGCCUUCAGUGGCAGUUACUACUGCAGCAGCUGCAUGGAUGUGGAGAUGCAACUGAUACCCGCUCGCAUCAUCUACAACUGGGAUUUCCGGAAGUACAGCGUGAGCAAGCGGGCAGCAACCUUUCUGGCCGAGUUCCGUUCACACCCGUUCCUGGACAUGCAGUUACUGAACCCCAGGAUCUACUUUGCCUCCGAUGCCAUGGCUGAAUUGCAAUCCCUGCGUAUCCGACUGAACUUCAUACGGGCCUAUUUGUACACCUGUGCUCCGAGCAGCAUAGACCUGCUGCAGCAUCAGUUCUCGGGCAGGGAAUACCUGUACGAACACAUUCACCUGUACUCGAUAGCAGAUUUGGCGCUGAUUCAGCGCGGUGUACUGUGCCAGCAGCUGCAGAAGGCAUUCAAGCUGGGCGAAGCGCAUGUGCUGAAGUGCAGACUGUGCCAUCUCAAGGGAUUCAUCUGCGAAAUCUGUCAGAGUCCAAGGGUGCUGUAUCCGUUUCACAUUAGCACCACCUUCAGGUGCCUGACCUGUGGAGCCGUUUUCCACGCCGAGUGCCUGAAUGACAAGCAGCCUUGUCCGAAAUGCGAUCGAAUACGCAAACGCGAGGAUCAGGCUCUGCAGGAGGCAGUGCAAUGCCUCAAGACCAAGAACGAGGUGGCCUAAGAGCAGCCAUAUUUAGUAUUUAAAUGCGAACAAGUGCGAUUUGUUAUUAAAUUUAACCA